CGUGAUUUGGUCUCCGACCUCUGACUUGUCACCGGGAUAAUUGCCCAGUUCUAUUAUCCCCUUUGAUGCCCUUAUACGGCCAUGUCCAGCGACUCAUCCCGGAAGCGAAGCUUGAUUGCAUGCGAGCAAUGCCGCAAGGGUAAAAGGAAGUGUGAUUGGGCCAGACCCGUUUGUUCCGAAUGCAAGGCGCAUGGCCGAGAAUGCAUCUUCCGGACAGAACGGACAAGACCAAGGCAAAAGGUUUGGGACAAGGAAUAUGUAAAGUCCCUUGAAGAACAAGUUGCAGCCUUAACUUCCGUCGUCCAAGAAUUACGCUCCAGCAGCUCGGGCACAUUGCCAUCGACAUCAAUGGCUGAAGAGGGCCCAGUUGAGAACACAAUGGCCAAAUCUGUGCCGUCCAAACCCCUCGGCCCAGAAGCAACAGAGGACCUGGCCGCGACGAUGUGGAAAAUGGCCCUCGACUCCGGUGGCAGCCCCUCCAUUAUUGGCCCUGGCGGCUUUUUCUCCUUCUUUGCGAACUCACCAGACUUCAACACGGAGGAGGCGGAUUCAAGGAACCAACUUGACUCUCAGCUACGAGAUUUCUGGAAGCAUGCACAUGAUCAACAACUUCAACAUGAACUUGCCGCCAACUUUUUGGACUACGUGAACCCGUGCUAUCAAUUUAUCGAACGAGGUGCCUUCGAACGAUCAUUUCAAUACACCAACGCCAGCAUUGAUCUGCAGAUCUUCUACAGUGCCGCAUUCGCUCUUGGAGCUUGCUAUUCUGCCAGGAACGACGCUCGCGAGAUUGGAGCUGCGUUUGGCCUCCAUGUCGAGCAGCUUAUUUUUAAAUGCUACCGGACGCGGCCAGAUCACAAUCUCGCACGAAGUCUGACCAUGCUGGCUUUGAGAGAGUUGUCAAUAGGGAACAACAACGUUGGGUGGAUGCAUCUGAGUCUUGCCGCUGGGCUUAUUGUACAGCUCGGAAUCCCAGCCAUUGGAUCGAAUGCGGUUGUCGUGGUCGGCUCGGCUGAUCGAACAGUGCAAGCUGGGAUUGAGACUUUUUGGUCUUUCUAUUUUGUUGAUCGUUUGGCGGUCGCAAUUCUAGGCAGGAGCUCGAUUGAUCCCACUCAUCGAGUCCACAUCCCAGCCUUUGAAAAGGCUUUUUCCUCUGAUAGUCUGACAGAAGAGCAGAGGAUCUUCGAUAAAAUCAGCCAGCUAUGGAAGAUCCAUGACCACUACAUGGACGAAAUGAUUUCCGUCAAAUUCCGAGACCUCCCUGGACAAGACAAAGACUGGGUCCUGAUGGAAGCACGCAGAGCACUCCUCGAAUUCUACAACGCCAACUGUCAGCAGUUGAAAUAUGCGAACACUACCGCCGUCUCACCUGGCAUUCUGAUCUUUCAAAUGUCAUACCACGUAUCCAUCGUCGCCAUUCACCGGCCUCUCCUUUCCAACGCAUCAGAAUCAUCUUCAGGUCUAGCGCUCCAAACCAUGAUAUCGUCGGCGACUUGCAUCUCGCGUGUUAUCCGCCUCUACCGGAAAACGUUUGACUUUGCCAAGGCCCCUCCAUUCGUCGUCUACCAUAUACUCCGCGCAGCACUCGCACAUCUCCUCGCGGCAUCUGCUGCAGAAAAGCCAGUCUGCAAGAAACCUUCACCAGACCUUACGGUUUGUCUAGACGCUCUCGAGGAUAUGGCAAAAAGUUGGCCAACGCGUGUAUUGCAGGUUGUUAGCCUCAUCCGCGAACUAGCCUGUCGAUGGAAAGUUACUUGGGUGCUACCAAUGCAUCUCAGUAAUCUACCGUUGCAUUUGUCCAAUAUCGAGGGAGAAUCUGCUCAAAUUGACGAACAAUCAUGGGUAUCUCAUCACAUGGAAAUCCCUCAACCCACAGAGCGCCCUUCCUGGAACCUGGAUGGAUGGGAUGGCGGGACCGGGGGAUUUCUGAGCGAGCUGGAAUUCUCUGGCAUGGCUCAAUUCAACGAGGACAUGUAAAAGGACAAGUUUGCUUCUAAUUAUUGUACAUCUGCUUUCGGCCCCAAUGAAAAGAAAUGCAGACAGUAACAUAAAGUCAACGAUCAAUGUUCCGGGCUUUCCAAAUGCUUGCGCUCUCUAACAUCUGCACCAAGCCAGAGCAUAUCAGGCCGACUGUAGUGGCCAACCGCAUCAACAAACAUCCUCACGGCGAGAAUCUUUGUCAUAUCAAGAUCUGCA